UUCCCGCUCUGCCAGCUGUGCCGCUCUGCCUGGCUCAGCGCCUAUUUCGAACCCAUGCUAUGGUGGCUACCCAUGCGUGCGCGUUUUGGAAGUUAUGGCAGGAUGCGUUUGCCUCGUCGUGCUGAAGGAUGGCCAGCGGAAAAAAGUUUCACUCCCUAACGGUGCCUACGGCGAACUGAUGGAUGCUCUCGCUUCCUUAACCAACAUACAUGACAAGACCUUGAUCCAAAUGUAUGAUGAAGAGCUAGACGACUAUGUUGAUCUUGAGGAAGGAAGUGACGUCCCAAACAAGGCUAAAAUAAAAUUGGCGCGGAAACAAGGCCUUCAUGUUGAUGGUGCCAGCCCUGCAUUGACUUUUGUGCAGAGUGCAGGAGGAGCUGUGGAAAUGGCCGAGCAGAGUGCCGUGACAGAAAACGCACAAAACGUGCAGUCCAUCCAGUCGGUGCCACUGGAAAAGGAACGGGAUUUUUUAGAUUUUGUGCUCCCUUCUUUUGGGCACUACGACGAGGUGCUGAGGAGAAAAAUACAAAUAAAUGGCGCUGUGCACCGUGCCAUAGUGGACAAGCUCUUUGCCGCAUACAUCAAGAUCGCAUGCUAAGCACUCCAUGUAUGCUUCUUUUCUUUAGCUAUAAUUUGGUAGUUUAACUAUUCAAUGGCUCAACUGUUCAUCAUGAAUGAGCUGUAGGGAACUAAAAUUGUAUUAUAGAAGUUUUAGUGGUUGCCUUUGUUUCUCCUAGUUUGUAACAGCUGUACACUUGUUGGUUGCAACCCUACUGUUGUCAAUUGAGAGCCAAAAAAAAGUCUUGAGCAUCGUUUGAGCAUAACUUUGAAGUUAUGAAAUGUUCUUGUCGCUGAUCUGGCAGUUAAGCAGCUUUGAGGCUGUAUCAAAUCUGUGGAAGAACAUUCAGAAGUGUGCUUGAUUGUAAGCUCGAGCGCGCAUGGGACCUUACAAAACUGUGAUACAUGCUCUGCACACAGCAACAAGUGCAUGGGAAUGUCACAUCGAUUGUUUGGGUAUUGCAGCUUGUAUAUGCUCUUCAGUGACCCCACCAUUGUAGUUGUCCAGCAAAAAUUGAGGCAAUGUAAUGAGUUGAGACUUCAGACUUUUGAUGUUAGUGCUUUGUUACGACUUAUUUCAGUGGCCGAUGAAACACCGGGCUUCUGUUAUCUGGGGCUAACUGAGUUUAAUAACUAUUGGGGUACAGGAAUAGGCGAGGCUACAUGGAGGUAGGAAUGUAGAGAGAAGUGUUCAGAGGCGGAGAAGUGGCCCGCGAGCAAGAGGGCCAGACGAAAUUUAAUACAUCAGCUUGGAGUUCGUAGAGGAGCCCUCAAAGGGGAACUCCAGUGCAUUUUCGACCAUAUUGAGAUGGUGCCGUUUUCAAAUAGUAAUAGAAGUCCUGUAUCAGCUAGGGUGGUUCAUUUUGCUGAGAGACUCCUCAAUAAUUUUAAAUAGACAAUAAAAGAUGAGUCAAAACCGAAACAGGGAGCUGCUCCAUGGUGGGUAUGCGAUGACGUCACGAAAUACGCUGCACGCUGCCACGACUAGCCAGGAUGUAAACAUAGCACACGUGCUUCUCCUAUCGCGCGAAAAGCAAGCUGGCAAUGUCAUCCGACGUGGAAUCAAGCUGUGCCAGCCUGUCUGAACUUACCAGUGACAAGUUCAAUGAUGAUCACAGCUACUAUCUGAGCGUGGAAGCAUCGCCUUUUGAUUUCGACCCGCCGGCGCAUGAUGUAGCUGACAUCCCCCGCAUCGAUCUCCUCGUUGCUCAAUAUUGUGCGUGCUUACUGUAAGACCUGAUGUCAGCAACGACUAACAUGCUGUGCAGCUGACAAAACCGAACAACUGUGCUCAUGUCGUUGUCGCCACGUAGAAGAAAGCACACACUGCAUGUGCUGGACGAGGCGGGGCUGGAAAAGAGUAGGCACGUUACGUUGGCAUACACAGGGUAGCCCGCGUUUACAAGUGUGAUUCCGGAAUUGGCUACCAUGUUUUAAAAUUUGUUUUCUUGAAAACUAAAUUACUCACGGUUGUACAAUUUGCCACAUAUCAUCAAGGCACCGAAGAGAACAUAUUUGAAAGUUCUAUUGGAACUGGUAAAUAUCGAAAAUUGCCGGAUUCCUUUUAAGAGUGACUUCUGAGAUAUGAAGGUGCUGAAGCACAUCACAACCAGCAUGUUGGGACCUAUGUCAUAAUGACAACCACCAUGUGCAUGGAUUGCCUACUUAAAGGAGUACUGACACAAAAUUUUGAAGGCGAGAUAACUUGUGGGAUAGAUUUGUGUGGACACACAUGCAUCAUCUACAAAAUAUCAAUGGAUGAUACAGCCUAGAACUAUUUAAAAUCAAUUUCAAAGUAUGUGUCAUGGCACUGCAAGUGAAACGUGCCUCUGGUUUCCUUGUAAACAACCAACCGCCACCUGCGUCACGAGUUUGUGUUGGCUGCUGUUAUCCUUGCGAGCGCUGUCUCUUAGCAGACCUUUUCAAUGGAAAGAGGGGGCAGGCUUGCACGGGAGUACAAAGGCUGGUGUCCUUGCCUCGGCAGUGCAUUUUUAGGGGGUCACGUAUAUUUCGUUGAAGCCUUCGUUGAAAAGAGCUGUCAAGGCGGUGCUCACGUGCACGCGGUUUUUUGUCCUCACGUAGCCAACUUAUGUUUACACGAAAACCACUCUAGGUCCAAUCUCGCUCCGCACUCUCUGAAACGGAAACUGCGACUGGGAGGUAUAAAACCCUUCCCAAUAAUUAACCGCGGUGCGCUCGAGCAAACGAGCUUUGCAGCCGUGAUAAGUGGAUUAUUAUCUACUUAUUGCAACAGAAAAAAGAAGGUGCAAAAUUUUUGUGUUGGUGCUCCUUUAAGAACUGUUUUAGGCAGCUAACAAGAAAUAUACGGUUAUCAGCUUUACAGGCUUACCAAGAUGGUUUUAGUGGCAAAUAAUGCUCACUCAUAACAAAUUUAAAGAAAAUGAGAUUUUAUUGCAGUUGGCCCCUAGUUGCACAGUGCAAGCAAGCUAGACAAUCUGGUUGGAUCGUUAGAAGACUGCUGCCUUGAGAUUUUGCAAUGUUGUGGAGAAUUUGAACAUAAAAGGUUCACAGUAAAGAGUUUCUUACAUUCACUAGCAAGAAUUUCAUAAGAUAAAGUAAAUGGUAGCAUGACCUAGGUUUGGCCCAUGGUAAUUAGUUAAUUUUAUAAAUGGGUACCAAGAAUAUAGCGAGCCACUCGAGAGCAUGCACUAAACCAAGGGAACUUUAGGCUCAUGUUCACCAAAGUGGAAAAAUUUAACAGCAUUGGUUGUCAAGUAUUUGAGUAUAUGUAUAUAAAAUACAGUUGAAACUCGACUUAUUGAAGUGACGAAGGGGCUCGAAUUAUUUAAUUGAAUCAGGAAGUUUUUAAAAUUGAGGGAGGGAUUUUUCAGUCCUUUGAAAUCUGAAAUUGCAGCGUAGUGUCACCCAAAACCUACUGUGGCAUUUUAUUUGCCACUAAUACACGUUUGCACAUGUGAAAAGUCCGCGAGGGCAGUCCGAGCAGAAAUUCGUCCGAUGUGAGGGCGAUACAGCGAGGAAGACGGCCACAUGCAGCUACGCAAAGCUGCCGAUAUUCAAAGACAGGGAGAACGAAUGCAUUUAAUGUGCGAGCAGGCAGAGCAAGAAAGUUUUAUAGAGACUAUUGGUGCCAUCUGCUGCAUAAAUUAUUAAAUAACAAACGUAACCACAGUGUUCGUGUGGGUGUAUUUCUAGAGACAGCAAACGCUAUCUGCCUCGCGCACUUUGAUACGUAAAAGCUCUGCUGGCUGCAGCGUGCAGCCUUGUCAAAAUAAAACUAGUCUGACUACCACGUUACUGAUUUGGUUAAUGGUCUAAAGGGGUACUCAUACAGUAAUUUUCAGUUGUCGUUUUCUUUGUGCCAAAUGAAAAGCCAAGCCCUCAAGAGCCUAGAAGCCCAUCCCGAAGAAAUAAUUAUAGUAUGUUUUUAAAAGCUAGUUUUGGUUCCUACUGUACCCGUGCGUCAAAACACGGUGUGAGCUUCUCCUCAUGCUCUCGCACAAGAUAUCAUGACAUUUGCAUGACCACUUGACCUCAUGUGCUAGCACAAGAUAUCGUGAUAUUUUCAUAACCACUUCACACCGUGGCUUCGUUGGUGGGGCACGAGGGACAAUUUCGGGUGUUUCAGUGACACACAAGUGGCCAUUUCGGAAAUUUCGGUACCCGACAUCAUCACAACUAGCCAGACUGCUGCGUGUAGUCACCAAAAUUAGUACUGUAGCCUGACGCCAAGCUAAUGUCGAUGCACCAUGGGAAACUUGGAAGAAUACCUGAAAUUGACUGUUUAUCCAAACAGUUGUGUCUUCUGAGGGAAUAUACGAUGCUUUCAUCAUUUUUCCAUAUUUUUGUUCAAUAUCUCCCCUUUAAGCCCCAAACUUAAUAUUGCUGAAGUUUUGCGGAGAAAAGUGGCAUUUUGCCAGUGGUUUAGUAUAAUGCCAUGUCUGUGGGCAUUAUACUAAAUGCGAAAGAGGCAGUGGCCUAGCUUAAUAAUUCAACAUGUAUUACACAUUGAAGUCUUUACACAAGAAGAUCAAUCAUAAAUAAUAAUAUCUGGGGUCAGGCCCGUAGCCAGGAAAUGUUUUCGAGAGAGGCCCACUUGCUGAAACCCUUGACUAUUUGAGAAAAACGGCUAUUUUCAUGAUUUAUUUUUGAUAAAACACGAUGUGUCAUCAAAAUUUCGGGAG